GCCGCGCCCGCGAGGGCCCCGGGCGAUGUGAACUCGAGGCGGCUGCUGUGCUCCCAGGCCCCGGGCGCUGAGGUGGGCGGGCAGGUGCCUGGGAGGCCGCGGCGCGGCGGGAUGGAGGAGCUCAUGGAGGAGCUCCUGGAGGAGGAAGAGAUGCUCACCUACGAGGCGAUGAUGGACGACCAGAACCACAACAACUGGGAGGCCGCCGCAGACAGCUUCCGGCAGCCGCCGCCGCCGCCCUCGCCGUCCAUCGCGGAUCCUGGCCGAGACUCGCCCCCGCGGGCGGGCUCCGUGGACAGGAAGGGCCCCAAGGAGGGGCUCCCGAUGGCGCCUCCGCCCUUGCCUGAGCCCAACGGGGUGAUCAUGAUGUUGAAGAGCAGCGACGCGGCCGCCGCGGUGGCCAAGGCGGUCCCCGCCCCCACCCCCAGCUCCACCAUCAACAUCAACACCUCCACCUCCAAGUUCCUAAUGAAUGUUAUAACAAUUGAAGAUUAUAAGAGCACAUACUGGCCAAAAUUAGAUGGUGCCAUAGAUCAACUUUUAACCCAGAGUCCUGGUGACUAUAUACCUAUAUCCUAUGAACAGAUUUACAGUUGUGUGUACAAGUGUGUGUGCCAGCAGCACUCAGAACAGAUGUACAGUGACCUGAUUAAAAAGAUAACCAGCCACUUAGAGCGAGUCUCCAAGGAGCUGCAGGCCAGCCCUCCAGACCUCUAUAUUGAAAGAUUUAAUAUAGCUCUGGGACAGUAUAUGGGAGCAUUGCAGAGCAUCGUGCCUCUUUUCAUAUAUAUGAAUAAGUUUUACAUAGAAACUAAACUUAACAGAGACUUAAAAGAUGAUCUUAUAAAGUUGUUUACGGAACACGUUGCAGAAAAGCACAUUUACAGCCUGAUGCCUUUACUUUUAGAAGCCCAGUCAACACCAUUUCAGGUCACACCUUCAACUAUGGCAAAUAUUGUGAAAGGCCUGUACACUCUCAGACCAGAGUGGGUUCAGAUGGCUCCAACUUUGUUUUCUAAGUUUAUUCCAAACAUUCUGCCUCCAGCUCUGGAGUGUGAGCUUCCUGAGUACGCCGCUCAAGAUCAGAAGCUGCAAAGGGAACUUGUACAGAACGGUUUUACCAGAGGUGACCAGUCCCGAAAGAGAGCUGGGGAUGAGUUGACUUACAACAGUCCAUCGGCUUGUGCAAGUUCCAGGGGUUAUAGAUAGUGACUGUUGAAUCCUUUUAUCCCGGAGAGAAGACACUGGAGCUGCAGAAACUGUUCCAGGCACUGUGGGGCCUGCGCCACUCAGGGGCUCUGUCAGGCUGUUCUCAGAGAGAGAGGAUGCCACACAUUCUUUGAUUUUCAGUUUUUACAAACAAGAACUAACAAAACAAUUGCUGCUACACUUGGGGGUGACUUUGAAAUGGGACAGUCUUUUAAUGAGUUUAUCUACAGAGCAAGUGUCUUGGAGAGUGGCCAUUGCUAGUGGAGCCCAACAUUUGAAUCAGCUUCCUCCAAAAAUAUAAGAAGGAAAGAAUCUUUCUCUUUCUUUCUUUUUUCUUUUUUCUUUUUUUU